AUAAAAAAAUUAAAAAUAAAAAAAAUUAAAUAUAAAAAUUAUUAAUUCUUUACGAGUACACAUUAUAAAUGUAGAUAUACGUACAUAUGUAUAUUCGCGUUUGAAAGUUUGUGCGUUUGUGCAACAUUUAAAAAAAAAAACAGUGCUAAAGUUUUUGUAUGGAAUUUUGAAAAUUCCCUACAACAAGUACUCAACUAUCUGUGUAUUUAUGUAAAUAUAUAUAUGCCAUGCGUGCGACUUUCUUUAUAGUACAUAUGCACAUAUGCACACACAUCGUUUUUUAUGGAAAACGUACACUGAAAAAAAAAAAAACACUGUUACGCAAUUUCGAAAUUGGUGCUUUGUGAAUGAAAAACGUAGUUUCGACAGCAGCUAUCGCGAAAAUAAUAAAAACAACAAUCAAAUAAGAACAAGAACGAAAAAAACAACGAAAAUAACAAAGAAACAACAACAAAUAAUUAUUAUGAACAACAACGGCAUCAAUGAGUAACGGAAAUGAUUUUAAACAACAGCCAAAUUGGCAGCUGAUUUAGCAGCAACACCGAAGAACUACAAAAACACGCAACGUCUUGACGUCAUAUUGCUAAAAUAUUGUAAUUUCUAUUGCUGCCAACGCCACAGCGAACGUCAGCCUCACACCCCCACAUUUUAGCUCUAAAUUGCAAAUUUUAUCAAUCACGACGACUCAUACCUUAAAUGCAUCAUCUAUAUCCGUCACUAAAAGGUGACCAAUUGUGUCCGCUGGGGUUUCAUCCCCAGACACGUUAUCCCACACGAUGUAAACGUUGUUUUCGUGACUAUAAGGAGCAUGGCGGUCGGCGUGGUAUUGAGGACGUAGCGGUCUCGUCACCAAAUUUAACAGAUGGCGGUGGUUCCAGACCAUCAUCACGCACUUGGACCUCUACACAGAAUCUGUCCAGUUUUAAUGGAACGGGGAGUAGUAAUGAUAUUGUUGUUCACUUCAAUGUAGAACUAAAGCGACGACCACAAUCAUGGGCUUCCACACCGGACAUCGAUGAGGCGGACGAACAGGCGGCGAAGAGCAAUACACGAGCCGCUAGUAAUCGUACGCCGGCGAACGAUGUGGAUGUGACGGUGAAACUGCCAAUACCGCCACGGCGACACACGACGGCGUUGGAUAUAAAGGAGGUCGAAGAGUCCACAUCGAAAACAGCAUCCUCGUCAUCUACACCUUCACCCUCGCGUUCAAGUAUUCCCGAGGAUCUAAUCAUCCUCUCCACAGACAGCCUCGCCGAACGGGUACGUAAAAUGAAUCUUUUGAAGAAACAGCGCCAAAGCUCCCGAGAAUCCAGUCGUGAACGUUCAAUACCCAAGAAGAGUGAUGAUAGUGAUAACAAUUCAUCCAGUGAUACUGAGAGUAAAGCACCGCCUGAUCGACCGGAACGCAGCAAAUCCACUACCUCCGUGGCAGAGGCAGCUGCGAAGCGGAAUUCCCUGCCACCGAAGAAAGUUGCGACAACGACAACUGCAUCCGCAACCUCCUCCUCAACUUCUACAAAUACUUCCACGUCCAACGUAAGCACGCCAAAAGCAGUGAGUACCGCUGCCGCGACAACAAAUGGAACGCGUGCGAAUUCCAUCACCUCGACAGCCAAGUCAUCUACAAAUACGGCGACAACAACAGCUUUGAAACAACAACAAAAAGAAGAAGCACGCCGCUUGAAGUCGGCCGAAGAUGUUGAAUUCAUGCUGAAAAUCAAAGAUAGUAAGUUUGCACAAAAAAGACAAACACACGAUACGAGUUCCCUAACGACGGAAACCACUGAUACCACAUUGGUGGGUCCGAACGAUCGAGAGCUGCAGGACGAACUGAAGCGGUUGCGUGCCGACUACGAAGCGAUGAAGUUACGUGCUGAACGUGCCGAACGUGAGAAAAGUGAUAUUUUGUUGCGUCGGCUCGCCUCGAUGGACACCGCUUCGAAUCGGACCGCCGCCUCAGAGGCUUUAGCGCUGCAGCAAAAGGUAAACGAAAUGAAAGAGCAAUUGGAGAAAGUCAAUGAAGAGAAACGCAAACUCAAUACACGCAUGAGAGAAAUCGAAAAUAAUCCGAAAGGCAACGAGUAUGAUCUGAAAAGAAAACUUCAGGCGGCCGAGCAGCUGUGUGAAGAGUUGAUGGAGGAAAAUCAGGAUGCCAAAAAGGAGAUUAUCAAUUUGCAAGCCGAAAUGGAUGAACUGCAGGACACUUAUCGCGAUGAUGAGGUAAAAGCGAAAACUAAUCUGCAAAAGGAUCUGGAGAAGAUGACGAAAAACUGUCGGAUACUCAAUUUCAAGUUGAAGAAAUAUGAACGUAAAGUGGAAAUUAUGGAACAAGAAAGACAAAAUAAUUACAAUACAGAUUUACUAACCAAAGUCACGAAGCUUGAGGAGGAGUUACGCUUUGCCAAUGAGUUAACACGUAAAUUACAAGCCGAAACUGAGGAGCUACGCAAUCCAGGCAAAAAGAAGACACCUAUGUUGGGCAUUAUAGGUAAAUCCACAUCUGCAGACGCAAGUCCCCAACCGCCACUGCAAUUGCUACGCGAUUUACAGGACUCGGUUGAGCGUGAAUCCGAUUUAAAGGAUCAACUGAAAUUCGCUGAGGAAGAGAAAAAAAUGUUGGAAAUGAAAUUGCAUGCCAAGCCCGUCGUGAAUAUUGGCACCCAAACAAUGGAGAUCACAGAGGUACUAAGCUUUCCGCGCGCCACACAAACCCACCGUAUACUUUACUUGGAUGCUAGCGUUGAAACAGAUCCCACACAUGCUGCAGAUGUGGCGACACUUGCGCUAACGGAUACUUGUGAUACAUCCACACACAUGGAAGGCGUCGAAUUCAUUGAAGCCGAGACACAAAUAGAAGGUCUUGAAACACAGGAAGCAUCCACAGAGACUGUGUACAAUGUUUGUGAUACUUCAACUGAAUGUAACUGCAUUGAACUAGUUGAUGCCAGCACAAUAACGGAGUUUAGUGAAUCCUCGACUGAUUCUCACAUCGCUGUACAAAAUCUGAAAACUUUUUGCGAUCGUGAAAGUUCACCAUUUGCUACGGUUUUCGCUGCGGUCGCACCUAGGACAACACCAACGCUACUAUUUCCAACUGCGAUGUCUCAUGCGCUCAUGUCUAGAGUCGGUGCAGCAACACGUAAGCUGAGUCCGAUACCUCAUCGUUUGGUGCCCGAAGCAGCGUCCGAACGUGACGAAGGCAUUUCCGAUGAAGACGAUCCCGCCGAGCUGCGCAUACUACUGGAACUGAACGAGCAAGAGGCAUCGAUAUUGCGUCAACGUGUCGAUGAUUUGGAAAAGGAAAAUCGUGAAACCAAAAAGCAUGUGCGUGAACUGCAAGAAAAGGUGCAACAAGCUGAAAUGGGCGACAAAAAGUCUUCAUCCUCUUUCCUCUCAUUCAACUCAACGUCAGCGAAUGCAGCUGAUAAGAAGUUGAAGGCACUCAACGAGGAACUCUUGCAGUUACGUAAAUCACUGUCCGACAAAGAUCGCACCAUCGAACGCCUGCAGGCGGAGAUAGCAGAUAAAACGGGUUCAGCGUUGCCACAAGAUGCCAAUAUCGAUUCAAAGCGACAAUUGAAAUUGGUCGAGCAAGAGGCAUCGGUGCUGCGUACGAAAAUUACGACUCUAGAGAGUGAGAAUGAAAAAUUGCUUAAAGAAAAUAAACGCAUGCAACUGCAGGCAUUACGUAAGAGUACGUCAUUGGAGAAAAAUGGCACCAAUGGGGAGGAGCUUGCUAAAUUGAAGGUGUCACUCGAAACAAUGGAACGGGAGCGCAAUGAGUUGGACAGCAAAUUGAAACGCAUACUACAAGAAGCCGAAGAGAAGUUACCAAUGCGUACGCCGAAGCGUGUCACCGAUCUUACGCCAAAGAAUCAUUUGAAGAAGUGGGUCGAAGAGCUGGAGGAUGAGAUACGAGAGAUGCGUGUUAUUGUAUUGAAUAGUGGUGGUGAUAAAUUGAAGACGCUUGAGACUGAGAAGUCGACACUGGAAGAACAAUUGCAGAAAGCUAAACAGCGGUUAAACAUAGCAGAAGGUGAUAUAGAUCGUUUAAAAACACUCACAAGCUCUACACCCAAACUAAGUGAGUUGGAGCAAAAAUUGAAAAAGUCCGACGAUGAAGCAAGAAAGUUCAGUUCUAAGGUUAAAGAAUUCGAGGAGAAAAUCAAGAAACAAGACAAUCAGAUCAAAACCAUUGAAGCAGCCAAGGCCGUGCUCGAAAGUCAAGUGAAACGGGAAAAGGAAAAGAAUACCACUUUAGAAAAAGAUUACGAGAAAGAGCGUAAGGAGCGUGAAAAGCUCGAAUCAAAGCUGACACAGUUAGAAGCCGAUCUCAUAAGCGCCAAAAAGGCGGCGGAAAAAACUAAAGCAACACUUGAGAAGGAAGUAAAAGAACUAAAAAUUAAAUCCUCAAAAUCCGAUUCCAAACAAGUGCAAGAACUCAAGAAACAACUAGAGGAUUUACAAAAUCAACUGUUGGAAGAAAAUAAACGUUAUAAGGAUUUGAACACACAUUGGGAAAAGUUGUCCGAGGAAACCAUACUCAUGCGAGCACAAUUAACUACAGAAAAGGAUAAUAUGCAAAUGGAGCUCAAUUCGAUGCGUCAGAAACUUAAUGAAAUGGAUGAUAUACGUGUGGAACGUGCAGAGCUGGCGAAAAAGUUAAAUGAUGUCAAGCGAAAAUUGCAAGAGGCUGAGGCAAAACACAUCAAGAAUGGCGCCUCUGAAUAUGAAAAGACAAUGCUGAAGAAUAAGCUGGCAGAGCGAGAGCAGGAAUAUGAUCGUUUGCGCCGUGAGAAUGAGAUGAAUAUAGAUUUAGUAUUUCAAUUACGUAAGGAGAAUGAGGACUUAAGCAGUAAAUUAAGCGACUUUAGUCGCAUCGAGCAGGCGCAGUAUUCGAUUAAUGAGCACAGUAGCAGUUUGCAAGCCGAAAUCAAAACGCUCAAAACGAAGCUGCAGAAUUCAGAAUUACAACUUAAGUCCGAGGUUGCCUCUACGCGUUUGCGCUAUGAGCAACAGGUGAAGAAUUUGAGCGGGGAAUUGACUUCAAUGCAGCGCCAAUGUGAGAAGUUCAAAAAAGAUCGCGAUGCUUUCAAGCAGAUGCUGGAAUCGGCACAGAAAAAGAUUGGUGAUCUAAAGGCGAACAGCACCGGUCGUCAGAGUCGUAGUUCAAUGCAUAGCAGUGAUGAUGAUGACAAGAGUAAAAUUGCGUAUCUCGAACAACAGAUCGGCUGUUUAGAAGAUCAGUUGGUGGAGGCGCGACUCGAAGUGAGCAAGGUAAAGACAGAGCUUGUUUCUGAGCGUAGUGCAAAUGAAAUCAAAAUAUCCGAGAUGCAGUCCAAACUAAAUGAGUUCGAAGAAGAACGCGUGAUCGGUUCGGGACGCACCAAAAUACCGGGCAUGAAAACGAAAUUGGAGCUCUCUUGGCAAAAAGAGCGCGAAGAUCAACAGCGUUUACUACAAGAAACAUCAACAUUGGCACGUGAUCUACGCCAGACGCUCUUUGAAGUUGAACGCGAACGUGAUAAGGAGCGUUUGGAAUCGAAACGUCGUUUGGAUCAAUUGAAACGCUCCACGGAAGAGGAAAUGGAAGAAGGGCGACGUAAGAUCGCUGAAUUGCAGUGUGAUUUGUUGGAAUUACGUGAUGUACAUGCGAAAUUGCGAACGUCUAAUGAGAAAUUACGUCGUGAACGUGAGCGUUACGAGAAAGAAUUGGUGAAGCGACGCAUGGAGCAGGAUGGUGGUGAGCGUAAAGUCGGCGCAUUACUACAAACGGUCGAUGAACUGGUUAAGAUAGCGCCAGAUUUGAAGAUAGCGACAACAAGUGCACGCUCCACUUCAAGCAGUGGCAACACAUUACGGCCUGAGCAAGCUGGCAACGCGCGACAACGCAGCCGCAGUCCCUCGCCAAAUAGUGUGCUAAACAAUGCACAAAUAACCAAUGUGCUCGCACGUUUGGCCGAAGCGUCAGAGGAGUUGCGCAAAUUCCAACGCUUGAGUGAAGAUGAAAAUGAGCGUACACGCAUUAGACGUAGUAAUCUAAGGCGCGCUGCAUCGCAAGAAAACGAUCCACAUGGCAGUCAGAGUUCGGUGGCAAGCGCUGCGGGCUCGACACGCACUGGUUCCAAGCUAUCGCGCUCAUCGGCGCAUAAUGGCAGUUUAAUAAGAAAGAGUCUCUCAUUGGAUCACUCAAUACAGAAGGAUCAGAAUAUUUGGCGGCAAGACGAUGGCAGCGUCUCAUCAAUGCAGUCCAUUGAUUCCGAAUUGGGCGGCAUGAUGCGUGACAGCAGUUUUGAUUCUCGUCUAUCGGGUGGCUCAACACAGAGUGACAUACCACGCGGUCCACGCAAGAAGAAGAAGAGUUUAAUGGGCAAAUUGCGCAGCCUAACGAAGAGUAGUCGUAAUUCCGAGAGUGAAGUGUCGAUUCAAGGAUCUGACUCUGAUAUUAGUGUAGCGAGUGAUAUGCGUGCCAGCAAAAAAGACUUACGUGGCCGCUUGUCAGGUAUGUUUAAACGUGCGGGCUCAACGUCUCGUAGUGAGAGCACUGAACGUAUGGCGACCGAAAAUCGUCCCGUAGCGGUGACAGUGGUUGGGGAUGCGGAUGGACCGCAACCGCGUGAGCCGCCACCGGCUAAUGCUGCCACGGCGAGACCAAUUAGAGCGGCGAUAAAACCACCAACGCCCACAACGCCGCUGACAAAACGACGUGCCGCCAAAUAAUUGCGAAAUUUUCUAAAUAUUUUCUGUAUUAGAAACUCGUUCCAUGCCACGGUAUUUCUAAAUCCUACAUCCAUACAUACAUACAUACAUUUUUUCGUAUAUAGUAAUUACAUGCAUACAUACAUACAUACAUACAUACAUACAUACAUACAUCAACAUUUUUUAUUCACUUGAUAAAUAUGUUAGUGAAAAACGUAUUUAUUUUUGCUGCAUAUUCGAGUUGGCAUUGUCGAUAAUUCAUUAUCGAUAAUUUAUUAUCAAUAAUUCAUUAUCGAUAAUUCAUUAUCGAUAAUUCAUAAUUCAUUAUCGAUAAUUCAUAUCCCAUUCCUGACUAUUACAGGAGUUGCGUUUUAUCACAUUGCGUUUAGAUUCAUUAAAAUACACUAUAAAAUAAAAUAUAUAAAAAAAUUAUUUAAAUCUAUUACCUUUAUUUAUUGCAAAUAUUCGUUUUCUUAAUGUAUCAUAAUGUUUGUCAUAAUAAAAUUCAUUAUAUUAGCCAAUACAAAUUCAACAAUA